GCUUUCUCCUCCCCUCGUCUUUCUUCAUAGACCCUCGCUUCCCUCUUUAUGCCGACUCCUGGUGUACACCUGGCUGUGGCGUCUUGAUGACCGUUGCCGAUCGUCGAAUCUGAUACAUUCUUCUCCCUCUCCUGCUCUUGGAUCUUCUUCCAUCUCUCUUCCUCACCACGACUGGCUCGUGAUUUUUUUAUUCUUGUGCUGGGUUUUGCUCGAAGUGGUAGAGAUUUGCAAUCAUUACGUUCUAACAGCUGGUCUAUCUUUUGAAGAUUCCAUCAUAUGCUGGACACCUCUCACAUUUUGGCGGACGACAACAAGGGCCAUUGAGCGCCUGGGCAGAGGAUGAAUACGACGAUGGCACCAAUGGAUCAAUUACGGCAGGACACAUUAGAAGAAUUGAGAAGGCGAGACGAUUUGAGGCAUGCGGCAUCGUUAAGGCGGAGGGAUGGAGGAAACGGAGCUGGUGGCAAGGGAGGUGAAGGAAAGAGAGGGGACGGAAACGGUGAUGAUAAUGGUGGCGGAGGAGGAGGCGGUGGGGGAAACAGCGGGAAUGGAGGGGGAGGUGGUGGGAAUGGGAAUGGCAACGGUGGAGGACCAGAUUCGAAUGGCAAUGGUGGAGAUGGGAAGAACAACAACAACAAUGAAAAGAACGGCGGAGGAAGCGACAACCAGAAGCACAACAGUAGUCCUCCGGCAGCAGCAAACGAACCGUCGCCACCACCAACCAUUGUUUCAACUACUCCCACAACUGUUGUUUUGAUCUCGACGACCACUGCUCCUGCAAUAGCAGCAACCUCGUCAUCCAAUACUCUCGUUUCGACAUUCUUCCCUAUUACCCCAUCUACUACACCAUUCCCCACAUUGAGUGCCUCUGCGUUUAGCAACCCUCCGGACUCUUCAAGCCAACCUCGAAAAGGCCUUUCAGAUGAUCCCGACUUUCCCCCAAGCAGAAUUCCCAAGACGAUUACCGCUACAACUACAUCAUCAAUGUUCCUCGUUCCAGAGUCCGCAUUGGCAUCUUCUACGUCGUCGGCAAAUCCCUCAGGCAUUAACAACAAUGACAACAACAAUCAUCAUCCUUCUUCGAAAGCCAAACAUGGUCCUGGUGAUUUGUCACCGCUAGCUCAACAUCUUCUGAUUGCUGCUGGUGCCAUAGGUGCCUUCAUUAUUGUCGUAGCAGGAAUUUACUUCCUGACUCGAGUACGAAAGAUAGAUCUUCUCGCAUUCUUUCGCAAUCGCAAGUUUGGCAAAGGUGGUGCUCGUGGAUGGUAUGGCUGGAGAAAAGAGGAGACAGACUACAUGUCAGAACCUCCUCCAAAGUACUCUGGCGAAGUAUAUCCACCUGAAAAGACCAUUCCUGCUCAGCAACAAUUUGACGCUUUCUACACACCAACGGCUAUGCCACCAAUGGCAAACCCAGCUUCUUCUGCUAAUGCGUUGGCACGAUCAGAUUCUGGACGUCAAGACAUAGUCCGUGAAGCUCUAUUAGACAACCCUGCACCCUUCGGAACUUCACCAGCUCCACAACCUGCCGCUCUCUCAGCAACAGAGAACUUUUACGGUGUUGCUGCUCAGCCUACUCCCCUUUCUCGCCAACCCGGCACACAAAAUUCACAGAGCACCUUCGUUUCUCAGCCAAGUUCAAAUUACAACAACACAGGCACACAAAAUACUUUCCUAACAAUGAACACGAUGAGGACUGUCCAGACACAGGACGCAUAUGAUCCAAAUCAGAGAGAACCCAAUCAUCUCAGCUAUCUUUCAUCGCUAUCUUCUGGUUUCGGCGACGGUCUCAUCAUUCCUGAAUCAACAGUAGUUGGAGGAGGACGACAGAGCUACCGUCAAUCGAAGGCGCCCGGAGCAGGAAGGUUCUCAUGGAUGACAUCCAACCGAGGAUCCAGAGCUCCAGCAUAUGGUGACAGAGAUACCGUAUACACGACCGCUUCCAUCGAAUCGGCACCAAGAUUCAGAACCGUCAACUCAUGGGUAGCUCAGCAAGCUGGACGGGUAGAGCGUCAACAGGAUGUCCCGGCAAUGCCUUCAAUUCCAGCGCCUCUGAUCCCAGCACCCCUCCAAAUCGGAGUAGGAGUUGAUCACCAACGGAAAGCGAGUGAGGACCCAGCAUUCCGCCAGCAUCCAGGCGAAGAGAUAGAAAUCUCGCGAGGCUCUCGAGUGCCAAGUUCGAUCUUGGACAGGAAAGUUGGUGGUGUUAAUUAGGAGACUUUCUCACGAGAACCAUUCUUUUUUAUUUUUACAGGGUGGAAUCUCGGUUCUGUGUAUAUAUCAAAAAUCUUGGGGUCGCGGGCCUGGUGCCUGGUAGACUGAAAAUAUUCGGCAUAGCGUGGAGUUGUGGUGGAAGAGUUGGAUGAUUGAAAUUAUUUUAAUGU